CAAUUCUCCCAUGACCAUUAGGAGAGAGCGUUAAUGUCAACAUGUAUUAAAAUUUAAUUUAGAGUGAAAAUAAUAAAAAAAAAAAGUAUCAUCUAGGGAUUUUCAUUGGUUUUUAGGUGAGAAAAUGGCAGAGUUUCUUGCUGAAAAUAAUGCUUGUGGGCAAAGCUUACUACAUAUCGUAUCCGUGGGCAAUGCCAUAAUAGCAGAAAUACUACGGCUAAAGGAUUACAUACCGGAAAUUUAUCGCUUAGAAUCUAAAAGUGAUCUUCAAAAGUAUUCCGAUAUUAUAUUGGACUUUAGUUACUUGAAAGUAGCAGAGGCGCAGGAGAAAAAAAUUGAAGAAAGUCCGGAAUUGCAAGAUCUGGACGAUGAAAUUCGCGAAAAUUAUCUAGAUUUAUUGACACGAUUUUACUUGGCUUUUGAGAGCACCCAUCAAUACGCUGUGGAUCUUAACCAAUUCAUUGAUGAAUUAAAUCGAGGCUACUACAUUCAGCAAACGCUGGAAUCUGUGUUGCAAGACGGUGAGGGAAAGCAAUUGUUGUGUGAAGCUUUGUAUUUGUUUGGCACAAUGCUUUUGCUUCUGGAUUAUCACAUUCCGGGCAUCAUACGUGAGCGCCUUUUAAUAUCAUAUUACCGAUAUAGUGCUGCAAAAGCGCAAGGAGAUAGUAAUAUAGACGAUGUUUGUAUGCUGCUACGCUCAACAGGGUUUGAGGCAAACACUGUAGGAAAUCAUUCCAACGCAAAGCAAACCUCACCAGCUCAAUAUCCAGUUGCGUACUUCUCCCGUUUUACGUUUGACAAAACCUUUAUUGAUAUGGUAAUCGGUCGUUUGCGAUGCGACGACCUUUACAAUCAAUUGGCCAUUUACCCACAUCCCGAUCACCGGUCCACCGCCCUUUCCACACAAGCAACUAUGCUUUUUAUAUGCCUUUUCUUUACACCACAAACUUUACACUCCCAAGUGGCGCAAAUGCGUGAAAUCGUUGACAAAUUCUACGCCGAUAACUGGGUUGUAUCGGUAUAUAUGGGCGUAACCAUUAACCUGAUUGAUGCGUGGGAUGAAUUUAAGGCGGCGAAAGCAGCUUUGGCACCAGUAGUGGAUACAGGCGUUAAGGGAUUUUGUUUGCUCCAUAGAGAGAAAAUGAGCAAAACUCUAAAACAGACCCAAGAAAUUUUAAGAGUUGGUGUACUAACUGAUGAUUUUGUUUUACAAAAUAUUACAAAAAUUCUUCCCUUAAUGCGGCAAUGCAAUGUUUUGCUGCGUUGGUAUUUCACCCACACCUCCAAAGCUGUACUAGAAUUUUCUCAAGGCUCACAAAAAGCUCAGCAGCUUGAGCGGUUGGUUUGUACUGAGUUAGACUAUCAAAGUGAACAGUUAUUAGAACUUUUGCUAGACUGCAGUCAGUUAGAGUUGGUUGUCAAAGAUAUAUUGCGUAAUUUGAUAAGCGCGAAAAACGAACGCUGGUCGCAAUUCAAACGUGAGGUACUGGAUCGCCUGAACGAGCUACGCGAGGCAUUCGGUGGCUCGCGUCCUCUGUCAAAAAUAGAGAAUAACCCACAGUUGAAGUUGUGGUUCAGUGAAAUAUCUAACGAAGUUCAAAAACUCAACGAAAAAAAUGCCAAUGUCUCAGGGCGAACACUAAUUCAGUUAAUCCAGGCUCUUGAAGAGGUGGAGGAGUUCCACAAUUUGCAAGCGAAUAUGCAAGUAAAGCAGUAUCUGCAUGAAACUCGUGAGUUUUUGCACCGCAUGAUACAGGUCAUUAACGUCAAGGAGGACAUCCUUAUCAAUAUGCAACUGAUAAGCGAUCUGAGUUACGCCUGGCGUUUGCUUGAUCGAGAUUUUACCGUGAUCAUGCAGGAAAGCAUUAAAAAAAACCCGAAGUCGGUAAUACGCCUGCGUGCAGCAUUCCUCAAGCUAGCCAGCGCACUCGAAAUUCCACUAUUGCGUAUAAAUCAAGCACAUAGCGAAGACUUAGUAUCGGUUUCAAACUACUACAGCACCGAGCUUGCGAAUUAUAUGCGCAAGGUACUGCAGAUCAUUCCAGAAACCAUGUUCAGCAUCCUGGCACGCAUCAUACAUUUACAAACAGAGGUGCUGCACGAAAUACCAACGCGCCUCGAAAAAGACAAACUGAAAGAAUACGCCCAGUUUGAUGAUCGCUAUACAGUUGCAAAGCUAACGCAUUCAAUUGCGAUUUUCUCCGAAGGCAUACUAAUGAUGAAAAAGACGCUGGUGGGUGUAAUUGAACUGGAUCCCAAACAACUACUUGAGGAUGGUAUUCGCAAAGAAGUUGUGCGACACCUCGCAAACGCGCUCAAUAUAGGACUGAUUUUCACGAAAACAAAUAAAGCGAAGCAACAGCCAACGGCUGAACUGGAAGCGAAGUUGCAGGCCUUAGCCAAAAUCAUGGAUGGAUAUAGGCGCUCCUUUGAGUAUAUACAGGACUAUUUGAAGAUUCAUGGCUUGAAGAUUUUGCAAGAAGAAAUAACACGUAUUAUCAACUACAACGUAGAGAGGGAAUGCAAUGCGUUCUUGCGCAACAAAAUACAAGAUUGGCAGUCACGCUACCAAAGCCAAACUAUACCCAUACCAUGUUUUCCACCUUUACAAGGUGAUACUUCGAAAUCAAACAAUUUCAUCGGUCGUUUGGCACACGAAAUACUCCAGUGCACUGACCCUAAGCAAACAAUAUUUCUAGAACUCAAAGCAGCUUGGUAUGAGAAGCGUGCGCCACACAAAGAGGUACUAAACGCAAGCUUCUUCAGCAAAGUACGUGAAGCAAUUGGACCGGCAGGAUUGGUGGGCUUGGAUCGUCUAUAUUCAUAUAUGUUUGCGGCUGACCUGAAACGCAAUCUGGACAAGAUGCAAAAGAAUUUAGUCAACGAUAACAUGUGGGUGGAAGCACUAAAAAGUCUAAGUACAGAAUUGGAAUCCAAACAAUUUCCGGGAACGAGUGCAGCAAAUCCAUCCAAAUUUUACUUCAACUACCAUAGUCGGUGGGUGAAAGUGUGGCCUACUCUAUUGGAAUGGAUACAAAAUUUGGGUCAUAAGCAAAUAUUGCGCCAACAGUUGGUAUUUGAAUUGAACAGAAGCAGCAAAUGCAAUUCGAAAAAUUUAGAAUCGGCAUUGGAAACCUUCAACAGAGCGUUAUUGAAUGAAUUGGAGCGGCCAGCUGUCUAUACGAAAUUCAUCGACUCAGAACGUGGCAGCCAAUUGCUCGUAGAAUUUAAUGAGUACCUAGCAUUCACGGGCUCGUACGAACCACUCGAACAAGUUUUUCUUAAAACCAAUAGUACACAUCACGUGGCACUCUUUCUAUUCUUAUUUACAAUAGCGCACCUGCCACGUCUGCAAUUUACUGUCUGCACGAAUAGUUUACUGGCAAAAAAUACCAAAGAUAACAUAGACGGAACACCGUUUCUGGUUGGAUUAAUUACUGUUUUGCAACAGUUCCAUAAAGACGUUAAGCUGUUGUACUUAACUUAUCUUUGCCAAUACGCCACUGUGAUAGCUGAGUCGAGCAUCAGCACAAAAAAUGAAUUAUGUACGGAGGCGACAACUGCGUUGCAUUUCCUUGAGAUGUUUAUUAGAUUAGCUAAGUUGCCACGAACUGUUUUGUCAGAAAGCUGUCCAGCAAUUAUAGUAAACCAAAUUGAAUACUUAUCUGUAAGCAAUAAAACUUAAGUAUUAUUUAUAACUGUUUUUAUUAACAA